CCUCCGCCCCCCCCGGCCCCGCCCCGGGCCCGCCUCGCCCGACCUGCCUGGUUCCGGUGGAUCUGCAGCCCGGCGGCCCAGCGGACGUGCUGCGUGGUGUCCACUCCUGCCGGACUCCCACCCCGAGACCCGAGCUCACGAGAUGGCUGCCCAGUGCGUGACGAAGGUGGAGCUCAACAUUUCCUGUGACAACCUUCUGGACAAAGACGUGGGGUCCAAGUCGGACCCUUUAUGCGUGCUGUUUUUGAGUACAAGCGGGCAGCAGUGGUAUGAGGUUGAGCGCACAGAAAAGAUCAAGAAUUGCUUAAGUCCCAAAUUUUCCAAGACGUUUAUUAUUGACUACUACUUUGAAGUGGUGCAGAAGUUGAAAUUCGGGAUUUACGACAUCGACAACAAAACUAUCGAGCUGAGUGACGACGACUUCUUAGGAGAAUGUGAAUGCACCCUUGGACAAAUUGUUUCCAGCAAGAAGCUGACCCGACCUCUGGUGCUGAGAAAUGGCCGACCCGCCGGGAAGGGCAGCAUUACGAUUUCAGCUGAAGAAAUAAAGGAUAACCGAGUGGUCUUGUUUGAAAUGGAAGCAAGAAAACUGGAUAAUAAGGAUCUCUUUGGAAAGUCAGAUCCAUACCUGGAAUUUCACAAGCAAACAUCUGAUGGGAACUGGCUCAUGGUCCAUCGGACAGAGGUUAUUAAAAACAACUUGAAUCCUGUUUGGAGGCCUUUUAAAAUCUCACUUAACUCACUGUGCUAUGGAGAUAUGGACAAAACUAUUAAGGUGGAGUGCUAUGACUAUGACAAUGACGGAUCACACGAUCUCAUUGGCACAUUUCAGACCACCAUGACCAAACUGAAAGAAGCCUCCAGGAGCUCACCGAUUGAAUUUGAAUGCAUAAAUGAAAAAAAGAGACAAAAGAAGAAGAGCUACAAGAAUUCAGGUGUCAUCAGUGUGAAACAAUGUGAGAUCACAGUGGAAUGCACAUUCCUGGACUAUAUCAUGGGAGGAUGUCAGCUGAAUUUUACUGUGGGGGUGGACUUCACUGGCUCCAAUGGAGACCCCCGGUCUCCUGACUCCCUUCAUUACAUCAGCCCCAACGGCGUGAAUGAGUACCUGACCGCCAUCUGGUCUGUGGGCCUGGUCAUUCAGGACUAUGAUGCCGAUAAGAUGUUUCCAGCUUUUGGUUUUGGCGCUCAGGUACCUCCUCAGUGGCAGGUUUCGCACGAAUUUCCCAUGAACUUUAAUCCAUCCAACCCCUUCUGUAACGGAAUCCAGGGCAUUAUAGAGGCGUAUCGGGCCUGCCUGCCUCAGAUAAAGCUCUAUGGACCAACCAAUUUUUCUCCAAUCAUCAAUCAUGUGGCCAAGUUUGCUGCUGCUGCCGCUCAGCAGCGGACAGCUUCUCAAUACUUUGUGCUCCUCAUCAUCACCGACGGUGUGAUCACGGACCUCGACGAGACCAGACAGGCUCUGGUUAAUGCCGCCAAGCUGCCCAUGUCGGUCAUCAUCGUCGGGGUGGGCGGUGCUGACUUCAGCGCCAUGGAGUUUCUCGACAGUGACGGGGGCAGUCUGCGCUCCCCGUCGGGGGAGGCGGCCAUCAGAGACAUCGUCCAGUUCGUGCCUUUCAGACAGUUCCAGAAUGCUCCCAAGGAAGCGCUGGCCCAGUGUGUCCUGGCGGAGGUGCCGCAGCAGGUGGUCGGCUACUUCAACACCUACAAGCUCCUUCCGCCCAACAGCUCCGCUGCCAAGUGACAGCCAGCCUCCUGCCCCGCGGGAGGCCCGGCCCACGUGCCUCCACCGCGGCAUUUACGCGCAAACACACUUCUCUACGGCCUGUAUCUACUUAAAGCAUUCUUUGUAUACUUUCUUCGGAGGAAAAUGCAGUUAAUCUUUGCCCAAUCAAUUCGGUGACUGCUAGUGAUUUAUAGUACUUGCAAUGAGGCUGUCUGGGUGAGAAGCUGGCGUGGGGAAAGCCGGGUUUGUGGGGACUGUCUUCUCCCAGGAGAUGAAAAGGCCGUGUGCGGCGUUUGCCACAAAGAACAAGGACUUGGGGAUGACGCGAUCUCAGGUUGCUGUGCUUGGCCAGCUCCAGGCAGUGUGUGUGCUACAAGCCAGCGUCCGUGCUGGUGACAAGAGCUUCUCAAGGCAGAUGGUACUGACUGUCCCUGGAAGGGCUGAGCGCUUUUCCAUGGGCUCCAAGCACCCCACGCGGCCUGAGUGGGGCUGCAGCCCAGCCGGCGCGGCUGCACCGCCGAGCACCCGCCAGGACUCGGGGAGGCGCUGCACAGGAGCGGGGCUCACACCGGGUCUCCCAGUGCAGCCUGCAAGGCGGGGCCUCCCGGGGCAGCCGUUCCUGCCCGCGUCCCCGUCGUCCCCUGCGGAAUACUGCGCACGCCCACACACUGCCCGCCCACAGGUGGCAGCGAGUCCUAGGCCCCACGUUAUGUUAAUUGGAGUUUGUUACAGUGCUGAGGCCGCUUCUUCCAGGAAGGCUAUGAGGACCAAACACAGAAGGGGAAACAAUCCCAUUUCCUUUUUACUAACGAUAGACGACUUGUUAAGAAAAGGCAAUUUUUAUACUUUCCUUGCUAAGGCCCCACACAUUGAUUUGUGCGUUUCUACAGUCAUGUAGACAUUUUUUUUGGUAACAUUUUUCGUUUGACUCUUACAC